CCGUGAUCCCGCUACGCCCCAAUCCUGCUAUCUCGGGAUCCUGUGCUCCAUCACUGUGUAAUUCCAACCAUUUUUGAUUCCCGGGGGCGGGGGCAGGAAACGCCCCAAUAAAACCCUCUGGGGGGGUCAUUCAGGGAUUUGGGGUGCGCAAGGGACACCCCGAAGCCCCGAUCCCGCUGUUCCCGGAAUCCCUGGAUGCCGCUGCCGAGCCCUCCGCCCUCGUUGCGUAAUUCCAACCAUUUUUAAUUCCCGGGGGGACAGGAAACGCGUCGCUGCCGUUACACAAAGCAGGAAGGGGGGAGGGAGAAGUCUGGGGGGUGCCCUGUCCUUAGUCCCCACAAACCCACCCUGCCCGUCCCCCCCAGAUCCAUCUCCCGCUUGGAAAAUAUCCCCCUUCCAAAAAUAACAAACCCCCAACAAUUCGGGCAAUUCGCACAAUCCCCCCGCCCCUCACUCAAAACCGGGCGGUUCGGGGGUGUCCCUGCUGGGGCUCGCCCUUUUUCUUUUUCCCCCCUUGGGGCUCCCCUCGCCCAAAUUCCCGUUUUUCCAAGGUUUCCCCCCCACUUUUCCCAGCGUUUUUUCCCCGCUUUUUUUCCCAGUGGUGCAUCCGGCGGGGAAUGGGAUGACGGGGCCUUCCUGUUCCCGGCCCCGCGCCCGCCUGGCGCCCGGGGGGCCCCCCCGGCACGAGCCCCCCGCAGCCCCGAGCCCGGCGGGACCCCCGGAGCCACCCCCGGAGCCCUCCGCAACGCCCCCGGCCCCUCCCGCGCCGCGGAGCCGCCGAGGUGAGUCCGGGGGCGCGGCGAGAGCGAAACGCCGUUUUUGGGGGGAAGUCCCCGCAGGAGCCCCCAUGGAGCAGGACGAGCCAGACGUGGUGGAACUGCAGGACUCGGAUGAGGGGGACGUGGUCUUCAUUGCCGAUGGCGGCAUCGUGAGCGACGGCGAGGCCGAGGUGCUGCCGCACGAGAGCACCCGCACGGUGAUCCCGCACAGCCCCCUGUGCCCCCCGCCGCCCCGCGGGACCCCCGCCCCGGCCCCGGGGGGCUCCGAGGAGGGCGGGGGGCGGCGGGGCGGGGGCCGCCAGCGCCCCUUCAUCUGCAACGAGUGCGGCAAGAGCUUCAGCCACUGGUCCAAGCUGCUGCGGCACCAGCGCACGCACACGGGCGAGCGGCCCAGCACCUGCGGCGAGUGCGGCAAGAGCUUCUCCCAGAACUCGCACCUGGUGCAGCACCGCCGCACCCACACCGGGGAGAAGCCCUACAGCUGCGGCCACUGCGGCAAGAGCUUCUCCUGGAGCUCCAACCUCAUCCAGCACCAGCGCAUUCACACCGGGGAGCGCCCGUACGGCUGCGCCGAGUGCGGCAAGAGCUUCACGCAGAGCAAGAACCUCAUCAAGCACGAGCGCACCCACGCCGGGCCGGGGGCAGCGCGGCCGCGCCGCUGCGCCCACCCCGCAGGUGCCCCGAGGGCGCUGAAGGGGCCUCGGGCGGGGGGCGAGGGCGAGGGGCCCGCGGGGGCCUCGGGCGGCUGCGGGCAGGAGCCGCUGAUCUGCGUGGAGUGCGGGGACUGCUUCGCCCAGAGCGCCGCGCUCAGGAAGCACCGCCGGGGACACCGCCCGCUCUUCGUGCCCUGGGAGAACGCUGAGGAGAGGGCACAGGGACAGCCGGGCACUGUCCUCGCACCCUUGGGGACAGUGGCACCAGGACAUGGGGACAUGGGGCACUGCGCGCUCUUCCAGCCCUGAGGGACAGUGGCACCAGGACAUGGGGACAUGGGGCACCACCUGCUCUUCAUGCCCUGAGGGACAGGAGGACAGUGGCACCAGGACAUGGGGACAUGGGGCACCACCCGCUCUUCCAGCCCUGAGGGACAGUGGCACCAGGACAUGGGGACAUGGGGCACCGCCUGCUCUUCAUGCCGUGAGGGACUGGAGGACAGUGGCACCAGGACAUGGGGACAUGGGGCACCGCCUGCUCUUCAUGCCGUGAGGGACUGGAGGACAGUGGCACCAGGACAUGGGGCACCGCCUGCUCUUCAUGCCGUGAGGGACUGGAGGACAGUGGCACCAGGACAUGGGGCACCGCCUGCUCUUCAUGCCCCGAGGGGACACUGCGGAGAGGGCACAGGGACAGCGGGGCACUGUCCUCGCACCCUGGGGGCACUGCCCGCUCUUCGUGCCCUGAGGGGCAGGAGGACAGGCAUAGGGACAUGAUAGUUGGCGCACUGGCUGCUCUUCAUGCCCCGAGGGGACACCAUGGUGGGGACACAAGGACAGUUGGACAAUGUUCUGGCAGUGUCUGCUCUUGGUCACCUGUGGGGACACACAGUGGGCCACUCUGGUGGAGGACACGGGGACUGUGCCACAGACAGGAGACACGGUGCCACCAUGCGAGGGGACACAGGGAUUGUUUGAGGGGCAGGACGUGGUGAUAGAGCUGGGGUCACACGAGUCAUGCCACAGGUGAGGGGACAUGGUGACACCAAGCUGGGAGACAGUGGGGGGCACCUGGACUGGGACAAAGACAGGAUGCGGUGACACUCAGGACACAGGGACACAGAGCUCAUGUCACCCGUGCCCUGUGUCACCGUCGGUGCCCCUCGCUGGUCCCCAUCAGUGCCACAUCCCAGAGCUGUAAAUAGGGGAAGGGGGGAGGGACGUGAGGGUGGGACCCUGGGGGAGGGGGGAGGUGACACCAGGACCCCCGUGGGGUGGGGUGGGGGCAUGGAUGGGGCUGGGCUGUGAAUAAAGUUGUGUUUUGGGGGA